GUCUGCAGCAGCUGUUGCAGGUGAAAACAUGGCGAUGAAGGCACUCAGAGGAAUGGUGAACGGAGCCAUGAGUGAGCUCUCCUCGGCCGUUAGCGGAAACAGACCGACGUCCGCCCCUCCGGCCGCCGCCGCCGCCGCUGCCCGGGAACAUGCGAUGGCCGUGAACCGGGACUAUAUAAGCCAGCCUCGACUCACCUACAAAACAGUGUCUGGAGUCAACGGGCCGUUGGUGAUUUUGGACCAGGUCAAGUUUCCACGAUAUGCAGAGAUCGUCCAUCUCACCCUGCCUGAUGGUACCAAGAGGAGUGGCCAGGUGCUGGAGGUCACCGGCACCAAAGCUGUGGUGCAGGUAUUUGAGGGCACUGCAGGUAUCGACGCCAAAAAGACAAGCUGUGAGUUCACAGGAGACAUUUUACGGACUCCUGUCUCUGAGGAUAUGCUGGGUCGUGUGUUUAAUGGAAGUGGUAAGCCUAUUGACAGAGGACCCGCAGUCUUAGCAGAAGACUUCCUGGACAUCAUGGGCCAGCCUAUUAACCCUCAGUGCCGUAUCUAUCCCGAGGAGAUGAUCCAGACGGGAAUAUCUGCCAUUGAUGGCAUGAACAGCAUCGCCAGGGGGCAGAAAAUCCCUAUCUUCUCUGCUGCAGGUCUUCCACACAAUGAGAUUGCAGCUCAGAUCUGUCGACAGGCGGGGUUGGUGAAGAAGUCCAAAGAUGUCAUGGAUUACAGCGAGGACAACUUCGCCAUUGUUUUUGCAGCUAUGGGGGUAAACAUGGAGACAGCCAGGUUCUUCAAGUCUGACUUUGAGGAGAAUGGUUCGAUGGAUAACGUCUGUUUAUUCCUCAACUUGGCCAAUGACCCCACCAUUGAGCGAAUCAUCACACCUCGCUUAGCUCUGACAUCGGCUGAGUAUCUGGCUUAUCAGUGUGAGAAGCACGUCCUCGUCAUCCUCACUGACAUGAGCUCGUAUGCAGAGGCGCUCCGAGAGGUAUCUGCUGCCAGAGAGGAAGUGCCAGGCCGACGGGGCUUCCCUGGAUACAUGUACACUGAUCUGGCCACCAUCUACGAGAGAGCUGGCAGAGUGGAGGGACGCAACGGCUCCAUCACCCAGAUCCCAAUCCUCACCAUGCCCAAUGAUGACAUCACUCAUCCGAUUCCUGACUUGACUGGAUACAUCACAGAGGGACAGAUCUAUGUGGACAGACAGCUGCACAACAGACAGAUUUAUCCACCCAUCAACGUUCUGCCCUCUUUAUCUCGUCUGAUGAAGUCAGCCAUCGGCGAAGGCAUGACCCGCAGAGACCACUCGGACGUUUCCAACCAGCUUUAUGCGUGUUAUGCCAUCGGGAAGGACGUGCAGGCCAUGAAGGCGGUGGUGGGAGAGGAGGCCCUGACGGCUGAUGACCUGCUCUAUUUGGAGUUCUUGACCAAGUUUGAGAAGAAUUUCAUCUCUCAAGGUGCCUAUGAGAACAGGAGUGUGUUCGAAACUCUGGACAUCGGAUGGCAGCUCAUGAGAAUCUUCCCCAAAGAGAUGCUGAAGAGGAUCCCACAGAGCACUUUAGCCGAGUUUUAUCCCAGAGAAGCUAAACAUUAAGAACCCAAAGAUAGUAACACACUCGUGUAUCCAACCCAAUCCCACUGCUUCCAUUUGUUUCAGUGAAAUGUCACUGUCCAUAUGUGGUGUUGUGCUGUCACAUGGUACAUAUGAAGUGAUGCUGUAACAAUCCUGACACUCAUGGCAGUCAUAUGGCCUCGACUACGCACCAUUCCUGCUAAAAAUGUGCACAAGCAGAAGGGGUGAGGAAGGUAUUAUACUACUGAAUGCAGAGGAAGGCAAUGGAAUGUCCUCUACAUCGAUGGUGAAGACGUUGAAAUGUCUUUAAUUUCUUAUUUUUAUUAAUAUGCUCUUAUUACAGGGGCUGACAGGACACCACAGGUUCUUGUCAUUUCCGUUUUCAAAUAAUAGACAGAAUUAAGAAUGCAAAAAUGACACGAUUUGCAUAAAAAUAGGAGUUAAAAUGAACACAUUCGACUCUGGAGGAUUAAGUACUGCCACUGUAAUAAUUGGCAUGAAUAACUGAAAGAUUUGAAAGUUUUACAUUAUUUCAUAUUUUCUGAAUUAUACAGGAUUAAAUUAAAUGAAAGAGUUGGACUUUAAGAUGCAUUAUGUAUAAGGCAAAUUACAGGUGGAAAAGUAGAUGAUUUUAGACGCCUGAAGGUGAUGUCUGAUAUUUUUGCAGUAGUUUUAUGUUACAGUUAGUCACUUUCAAAUGUAUUACAUCAAUAACCACAAACUAUUACUGUAUUCUUAUUAUUUAGUAGGUUUUUGCGCUGUAUUGUUCAUUUUAGUGAACUGUGAGUAUGUGGUGCAGUAACUCUAUGCCUGAUGUUUUUAUUGAUUUAUAAAGUUAAAUAUGUUCAGCUGUUUACCUUGGGAUUAACAUCAUAUCAUUCUUUAACACAAGAUGACAUAGAAAAACAAGUCGAAGUUAUGAUACGCUCAGAGAACUGCAAGCAUAUCCAAAUUAAACAUUAGUUUUUUUCACUGCAGUAUCAUAGGAAACAAUCUGUUUCCUAAAAUACUGUCUGCCAAACUCUACAUCUAGAGGGACGAUAUCAGUUCUUACACACAUGUCCUUAAUUUAGACCUAAGCAACUGUUCGGAUAUUGUUUCCUGAUGAAACAUUCCACUUUCUAAAAAGCUGUAUUUUUAUUUAAGCUUACUAAGGCCUUUUAGCCUUUUGAGAAGGUGUGAUUGUCUUCAAGUGAAAGCCUCAUUUAUUCUGUGGUCAGAAGUCACAACAUAAAAGCUUAAGCUACAUUCCCGUAAACACCAUGAGCUGUUAUUUUGCUCAGUAAAUCUACAAUAGGUGAACAUUAAUCUGUCUUAAAAACAGCAGCCUCGGUCACAUGCAUGAUUAAGUGUCUUAAGCCUGGAGAUUAGUCGUACAGACAGGUGUGUGUGUGUGUGUGUGUGUGUGUGUGUGUGUGUUGUUGCUCAUUAGGCCCCUGCAGGUAUCGUUAAAUUUCAGUUUUUGAGUGGUCAGUAGAUGUUCCUGUGCUUGUUCGUUACCAUACGACUGGGAGCCUUUUGACAGACUGUCAUGUCCUGCCAUAAGCUCUAAGGCCUUGUUAGGAGGAGUGUGAUGUUGACAUUAUACCUUUGCUUUGAUAUAAGUGAACAGAGCAGCUGCCUUUCAGGAAAGCCAUGUCGGUUGUGGGAGAAACGGAAGAAACAGAAAUUUUAUGAAUAAUUCCGAAGUAUCCUACGUGCUUCAAAUGAAAUGUCUGUUACUAUUUGAUGUUGUGUUUUUUUUCAGAUGUGUCUCAUGUUUACACCCUAAAGCCUGACAUAAGCAUUCUUUGUUGUUUAUGUUCUUUUUAUUCUAGUGCCAACAGCUUGAAGUGAUGAUUACUUUGUGAUGUUUCCUCAGUUUUCUGUGUACGUCUGAUGGUUUAAAUUGUCAAACAGCUACUUUAUGAACUCAUCAGCCUUGACUGACAGGCAAAGCCAUUACCCUCUUAGCUUAAUGUCUUUAAAUAAUAUAUUUCUGCAUAAACAGUGUGUGUAUAUUGAGAUUGCAUGCAUUGUUACUGAAUGUUUCAUUUUGGUGCCUCAAGUCUCAUGUCAUAUGAAAUAAAAGCUGCUGUCUGUCAUGA